AUGUACAACCAAACCAGCUCCUCCUGCGCAGCGACCAGCGGCGGGCGCCAAAACAAACGUCGUGCAGCAGUUUUUUGCGAGGCCCGUGCAGACAGCGGUGACGAGAGGAGAGCGUCCCGACAGCGGCGACGAGAGGAGAGCGUCCCGACAGCGGUGACGAGAGGAGAGCGUCCCGACAGCGGCGACGAGAGGAGAGCGUCCCGACAGCGGUGA